CCUCGCUUGGAUCUGCAAACGUGCAUCGUUUUUACUUCCUCUGUCUUAUCAGUUCUUCAUUUCUCGGGUUUCGAAGCUAAAUUAAUUACGUUGAUUUCUAAUGAUUUGGACAGUAGAUUGAGGGGAGAAGCGUUGUAGAGUUGGAAUUGCGGUAUGCAGCUUCAUUUAUUUACAAAAGAACUAUGGAAGGUGACAGAACAGUAUCGAACCCUUCGGUUGGAUCCAGCAUCGGCGAUGAUGCUCAGAGAAUUCGAGCUCUUCAUGGGAGGACUACCGGUCCUACGAGACGUUCUACAAAAGGACAAUGGACAGCUGAAGAGGAUGAGAUUCUCCGUGACGCUGUUCAACGUUUUAAAGGAAAAAAUUGGAAAAAGAUAGCCGAGUGUUUCAAGGAUCGGACUGAUGUACAGUGCUUACACAGGUGGCAAAAGGUCUUGAAUCCUGAGUUAGUUAAAGGGCCUUGGUCUAAAGAGGAGGACGAACUAAUAAUCGAGCUGGUGAACAAAUAUGGGUCAAAAAAGUGGUCAACCAUAGCUCAGCACUUACCUGGACGAAUUGGAAAACAAUGCAGAGAAAGGUGGCAUAAUCAUCUCAAUCCUUCCAUAAAGAAAAUGGCAUGGACUCAGGAAGAAGAGUUGGCUCUGAUUCGUGCUCAUCAGAUAUUUGGGAAUAGAUGGGCAGAGCUCUCAAAGUUAUUGCCAGGAAGGACAGACAAUGCAAUCAAAAAUCACUGGAACAGUUCGAUCAAAAAGAAAUUGGACUCUUAUAUAGCAUCAGGCAUUCUAGAACAAUUUCAAUUCUCACUUCUUGCAAAUCAAAGCAAUCCUACAAUUCAGAGCAAUGUCGAUGAUAGUGCUGCUAAAUUUAGGACAAUAGCUGAGGACAUAUCAGAAUGCAGUCAAGAGUCAGAGAUGGUUAGGUGCUCUCAGUCUACAAGUGAUUUCGCUAAUGCUGCUGUUUAUCUAGGAGAGCAAUUCCACUUUACUGAAAUGCCUGGUGUGGCAAAGGAGAAAAAUUCCAGUCCAGCACCUUGUUCAGAAGAGUAUUACCCAUCUUUAGAAGAUGAGAACUUCUCCAUUCCCGAAAUACCAAGUGAAGGUUGCUCUGCGAGUAGAGAUUACCAGUUUGGUUUACCAGAUUUUCCUAAUAUUUCUUCUCUGAACUUGGGGCAAGAAUCAUCAGGACCAAGUAACUGUUUAGACACCAGCAAAAGCCAUGAAGUGAUGAAUAUCGCAUUUCAGUCUUCUAUAGAAUUAAAUGCUCCUACACCUUUCAUCAAUACGGGUACAUCAUCAGACAAACAAGAACAAACGUUGAUACCUGAUGAUGAAUGCUGUAGUGUCCUAUUCUCGAAGGCAGUGAAUGAUAGAUGCUUUGCCUCGGAAAAUUUUACACAAGGAUCUAAUAUGGUUGAAAUGGGUGGCUACACAAAUGCAUCACGUUCUCAGGCUUCAGACAUCCAAAUAUCUGAAACGGGAAGAACUCCAGCCUUACAAUCGAAUUGUCCUUCAAGGUCUGAAGUAUUGCCUACCUCAUGCCGUCAAUCUUUUGUGUCUCCUUCUCUCCUUUCAGUUGAGGAUGGUACAUAUAUGAUUGGAGGUGACCCUUGUCAGUUAAAAGGUCAACAUUUUGGAAAUCAAGAGCAAGCAUUUACUAUGAAUGCACAUGAUGACUUUAUCUAUACCAGUGAUGAUCAUGCAGACAAUACAGAUCUGCAAGGGCAAUCAUACCUUGACAAGGAUUCUCGGAAGUUGGUUCCAGUGAAUACUUUUGGUUUAGAAUCAGAUGUAGUAGAAACUUGUCCUAGCGUGGAGGAUAAGCCAACCUUUCCUGCAGAACAAGAUGUUGGAGGUCUAUGUUAUGAGCCUCCUCGAUUUCCAAGUUUGGAUAAUCCAUUUUUCAGCUGUGACAUUAUACCCUCUGGCUGUGAUAUGCAGCCAGAAUAUAGUCCUCUUGGUAUUCGCCAAUUAAUGAUAUCUACGAACUGCAUCAGUCCAUUUCGGUUGUGGGAUUCACCGUCACGGGAAAAUAGUCCUGAUUCUCUGCUGAAAAGUGCUGCAAAAACAUUUACUGGUACACCAUCCAUUUUGAAGAAGCGCCACCGUGAUCUUUUAUCACCUCUAUCAGAGAGACCAUGUGAGAAAAAACUGGAAACUGAUAUGGCAUCCAAUUUGACCCAAGAUUUCUCUCGCUUGGAUGUGAUUUUCAAUGAUUGUGAGACUGGCAACAUAUCUCAAGUGUGCCCGUCUGAACAUAAAACCAACUCCUGUGUCUCCACUGAAGAAAAAGAAAACCUAUCGCAAGCAUUUGAUGAGGAUAAACACAAUGGUGGAGAUCAUACUGACUCUUUAAAUGAUGAAGCUCAGGAAAAUGAUUCUAAUAGAACUAGUUCCCGUGAAAUUCAUACAAAGGACAAAACUGAAAUUGAUGCUUCGUACAAAAUUGUUCAACGUCCUGAUGCUGUGCUUGUUGAGCGUAAUUUAAAUGAUCCAUUGUUGUUUUCUCCUGAUCAUGUUGGUCCUAAAGCAGGCAGAUCAUUUUUGUCUUCAAGCAUACAAACUCCAAGAAACCGACAUCAUAAAAGCAUAGGAAGCAUAUCAAAUCAGGGUCUUGCUGAUACUACAGUACAAUGCACUGAUUCGUCAGCAACUCUAGAGAAUUUGGUUGAUAAUACUGAGAAUAAUGCUACUACCGAGAGUUAUAAUAUAUUUGGAGAUACUCCAUUCAAAAGAAGUAUUGAAUCGCCAUCGGCAUGGAAAUCUCCUUGGUUUAUCAACUCAUUUGUUCCCGGCCCAAGAAUUGACACAGGAUUAACAAUUGAGGACAUGGGAUAUGUUAUGAGCCCUGUGGAGAGAAGCUAUGACGCCAUUGGGUUGAUGAAACAAUUAAGUGAACAUACUGCAGCUGCUUAUGCUGAUGCCUUGGAGGUUUUGGGAAACGAAACUCCGGAAUCAAUUAUAAAAGGGAGAGGCAUCAACAACCCUAAUAACAUGGACAAAGAGAAUAGUCAGUCGGAGAACCAUUCACAUUUGGCUUCAAAUAUCUUGGUGGAGCGCAGGACACUUGAUUUCAGUGAAUGUGGAACACCAGGGAAGGGAACUGAAAAUGUUAAGUCCUCAACAGCCAUGAGUUUCUCAAGCCCCUCUUCCUAUCUUUUGAAAGGUUUGAGAUAGCUAAAAGCCCUCCAAUGUUUGUAGUUUAUAUCAUUUUUUUCUUGUGGGCGCUUUACAAAGUCUUAAAAUUUGUUGUCUAAAGACAGAAUGGAUCUAAUGAAUUAUAUAGGGCUACUUUUGAAAA